CGAAGGUGCACAGAGACUAAGCUGAACAGUUUGAGCUACUUCAAAUUCAUCUUAACAAAUUCACCACAACAAGUUUUUCUGAAGCAACAAAAUGGAUUUUGCAUACUUAGUAGAUCUGCCAGUGAAAGAAACACAUCCUUUUAUAGAGUGCAUUCAAAACGACAACAAAAAUACGUUAAGGGAACUACUACAGUCCAAUAACAUCAAUGAUCUUUACCCAUUCGAAGAACAUAAUGAUUUAAUGACUCCACUAAUGGCUGCUGUGGCCUGUCACAAUGAAAAUAUUAUAGUGUUUCUUUUGAAGGAGGGGGCAAAUCCAGACAUACUGAGCCGCAAUGGAUUCGCUGCUUUGCAUUAUGUCUCAUUAUGCAACGCUCCGCCUGUUUUUGUGAGACAUCUACUUGAAGCAAAGGCCAACCCAGAUGUGACUACAACUCUACGUUUUACUGCUCUGCACAUUGCUGCCUGUAAUAACAGGAAAGAAGUUGUAAAAAUGCUUCUUUCAGCUGGUGCACUAAUAACACCUGUACCAGCAGACCAAUCUAACUGCCACGACAAUAAGAAAUUCUCUGAGAUGAUUGAGAUACUCGCAUCAGAGGGGCAUGAGCUAUGUUCUAAAGUCAGGUGCUUUAUAGAGCUGGAAAUUUUAUUCCGUGAGAAAACUCCUGAAGAAGUUUUUAAAACUUUUCACAGUGACUUACUGAAUGAACAUCCUCAGACCCAUUUAAUCAUGAUUGAACUUCUCCUGACACUGAAAGGACCAAGUCAAGAAAAAUACAGUCCACUAUGUAUCAAAUGGCUCAAAGAAACUGAUAACUUGAAUUCCUACAUUGACAAUCUUGUUACUCGUAUCCCAAAUAUUAAUUUGGGAUACGAGGCCCUACGUACAUUUAAUGUAGGUAGGGCCAUUAAUGCUUUACAUGUCAUUUUUAACACUAUGGAGGAAAUACCUCUUGAGCAGGCGGUGGCUAUAAUUCCACAUUUACUCCUUUGGUUAAAAGAGAAGAGUCUAGUUCUUGCAGUGCUUCAAACCCUGUAUGUGAUAACACAGAAAACAAGUAAGACCCAGCAGUGGGACACCACAUUUCUGGAAACAUUAUGCAAAAGUAUAUCUCCUUUUGUAAAGGAUCAGCACUCCUCUGACAUUAGAGAGUUCACAUACGGAGUCUUUGCAAACCUACUUCCAUUAAAAAAUGCUGCUGAAAUGUUCACCUCAGCAGAGAUCUGCACUGUGCCUGAAGAUGUACUGACAUCUGCUGACAUGAAAAUGAACGACAAGCUCAAAGAGGGGCUGAGGAGACUCAAAGGUCACUUUAACAGAACUAACUCUGAAUGUGAGGACGUGUCAGAGGCUCCUGGGUCUGGGAAAAAGAAAAAGAAAAAGAAGAAGAAAAAGAAGGAAAAGUCAGAAACAGACAGUCAGAAAGAUACAGUUCCUGUUGAGGAAUCCACUUCUAAUGUCCAGCCAUUUUUAUCCAACUCUGAAUCUUUGCCAACACGUAAGUGGCUCUCGAUCAGCAAAAGGUGGAAGGAAAAACUGGAGAAACUCCAGAGCUCUGAACAAGUCUCUCGAGUAGGAAGUAUAGUGUAUGUGAAUGAUGCAGAGUUCCUCAUAGCUAAAGGCAGUGAUGGGACUGAGGUCUUCCUGGGGCUGAGGGAUGAUGGCACUGAAGUGGCCAUUAAGAGGAUGACAAAGUCCAACUAUCGAAUGUUGAAGAACGAGGAGGGGUUCCUCCGACUCCCAGAGCUGGACCACCCUUCUAUAGUGCGAUACAUCGAUAAUGCAGAGGACCAGAACUUUGGGUAUUUGGCUCUUCAGCUUUGUGAAUACACUCUGGAAGAAUAUCUCAGAGACAAUGGCAAUCCUUCACUGAAAAAGAGUCUUAUACGACAGUUCCUUGACAGUUUGAAGGUUCUUCAUAGUCAAAAACCUCCAAUUCUUCACCGAGAUCUAAAGCCACAAAAUGUUUUAAUUGAUGUAAAGGAAAAAGCAAGAUUAUCAGACUUUGGCAUCAGUAGACGUCUGCUCACAGGACAGACCACUCUGAGAACAGCCAGUGCUGGGACCCAGUGUUGGAUGGCCAAAGAGACUCUGACAGAGGAGGACAGUGGGACACCAUACAAGUCAAACACUGACAUACAGGUGGCUGGAAUGCUGAUUUAUUACAUCCUGUCUGGUGGCCAUCAUCCCUUUGGACGCAGGUUUCUCUGUGAAGCAAACAUUUUUCAGGGGAAAUACAACCUGAAGCAUGUAGACGACCAGGUGGCCAAAGACCUCAUUGAGUGGAUGAUCAACGAAGAACCCAGGAACAGACCCAACGUGGAGGAGUGUCUCAGCCAUCCCUUUUUCUGGAGCAAUCACAAACGAGUUGAGUACUUGAAAAAAGUUGGGAACCGUGAGGAAAUUGCCAAGUGUCGGACUGCUAAAAAUGAAUUUAUUUCUGCUGUAGAAGAAUUUGUGGUUGAGGGAUCCUUGAAUGACUGGAAAACAAAAUUUUCUGAGCGGUUGGUCCAGACAAUGGAUCAAAAGAGCAAACCUUAUCCUAGAAAUGCUUUGGGUCUACUGCGCUUCAUAAGAAACCUUCAUGAGCAUUAUCGCGAGGAUGCAGCCCUGGUUGAUGUGUCAAUGCUGUUUCCGGAUCUUUUUGGUUCCAUUUAUAAAUUUGCCAAAAAACAGGGAUGGAAUUUGGAGACACCCCUGAGAGAGAUGUUUCAAAGUGAGGAGAUGGCCACAGGCUGUGUCACAUCCAGUCCUGAGGAGGAGGAACUCGCAGUCCCAGUCCAGGAGUCCCAAAGCAAUGACAUAGGCCAAACUAAAGAAGGGACUGACAUAUUGUAGUAUAACCUAAGCAUAAGUAAGAGAUAUUCUACAAAAACUUCAUCUUUAUUAUCAUAUCUUUGUGAUUUACUUGUUUAUCCUACACCAAAGGCCAUACAGGGCUAGGGCUGUGUGAUGAAUCAUCUUUGAAUCCAGAUAGAGAUUCAGUUAUUCCAUGUUUGAAGUUUGGAGGAAGAAAUUUGACUAGUUUUUGGUGUAAAUAUCUGGAGCAAAAGAUGAAGUUUAAAUCUGUCAACUGGACAAAUUGUUGUAGGAGUGAAGAUGUUUCGCUGCUCAUCCAAGCCACUUCUUCAGUUCUGAUCAGAUUACUGGUGGACACUGCCUUGGACUGAUGAGUGAGAGAUUAUGUCUCAGGCCCUCAUUCCUGUUCAAGGAAGGAUUCUCUGUCCUUACAGAAAUACCUUCUUUAACUUCCCUCUCAAAGCAUUUCUUUUCUCUGGCUAAGACCUGAACUUCACUAUCUUCAAAGUAGUGGUUAGUAGCUUUGAGAUGGAGAUGCACAGCAGACUGGGGUCCAGAGGAACUUUGGACUCUUGGUGCAUUCUCUUAUGGAGUAGUUGUUUAGAUCUGUAUUUUUAAAGAAAAUGAAUAGGUUAUUUUGAUACUUGGGACAGUCCCAGUUUUGAGGAUAAACUGGUUUCGAGCCCUGUGUCCCCAUGUCCCAGCAGAUUUGUCCAAAACCAGUGAUUUGUCCCAGUUUUAUGCACGAAAUGUCCCAGGUGUACCAAUUUUUGACCAAUCUGAUAUCUACCAACAGUAAAGAGAGGGAUAUAAUUGUCAUUUGUUUAGUUAAAAUACAGAAAAUCAUGCUUGAAAAUGAACAUGAUGAACAUAAGUCCCUCUGAUUAAA